CGGCGUGGCGACGCGGCGGGGCGGUGAACCCAGCGAUGACGCGAGAUCACUGCAGAGACCUGGCAAACAGCUGUUCAGGCGAUUCCGGAGGACGAGACAUCAGGUGGACGAGAGGCCGCAUGGGGAGGACGAUGCCCCGUCGAUGGAGGUCGUCGUGACGACGAUGGUGAAGCUUCUGGCCAAUGCGCAGCUGAGUUUCGAUCAUCGGGCGGACAGUGUGGCAGCCUCGUUCCCAGUGCCGCUGCUGUCGCAUGCGUGGAGCAACCUACACUCCCUCACCGAGCUCGUGAAGGAGGCUCAGGAAGCAGGUUCUCUGAACGUUGUGGAUCAGCUUGAGACAGGACCAACCUACACGCUGGGAAGGUUACUGCUGCAAGGUCGUCUACCCCCUGACAGGCUAGAAGAGGCAGCACAUAACCUGGGCUUAGACUUGAUGACUAUUAUUGUGCAAAGCUGCUGUCCUCUAGUGCCAACGGGAGGUGUCGCUAGUAUUGAAGGUGCUGUAGACGAUGCUGAGGUUAUUGUACUUAACGAGGGAGAGUUUCCAUCCACAAGCAGGAGUCCUACCCUCAUUGUAGAAGAAAUCCUUACCCAGCUCAUCCACCUAGUUAAAGAUUAUAUAAGUCUAGAUGGAGCCACGAUCAGCCUUCACAGCUGUCAAAAAAUUGCAGCAAGUGCUGGUUUUGCCAUCAUCGUCGUGGCAACUUCUGAACUUGCCAGUGUCGAUCUAGAUCUUCUGGCGAGUGACGAAGAGAAGCUUUGCUUCUGGGUGAAUGUUUUCAACCUGAUGUUCGUGCACACAAUGCUGUGGGCUGCAGUGCACAACAAGUGCCUCCCUCUGCUAGAUGAGACAAGUGUGGCUGCCAUGCUCUACUUGCAGACCAUACGAUACACAGUCGGACAGAUCAACCUUGUCAGUCUCUUUGACGUACGUUACUUCAUUCUGCGGCGGGGACUGCCAGCGCCACACGGUGGUCUACUCGCACAUCGACUGCACCCGCUGCAGGAAAGCGACCCAUGGUGGAAGCACACGGCUCCCUCUGUUGAUGCCCGCGUGCAGUUUGUCCUGCUCACCGGCUCUCUGUUCCACUCCCCACCUUUACAGGUGAUCAGGCAAGUGUUGCUGGAGGAGCAGCUGAAGCUGGCCACCAGACAGUUCCUGGAGCACCGCAUCUGCAUUGAUGCCGCGCGCAAACAGGUGUUCGUUCCUCCCUCUCUGCACCUGUUUGCGGCUGACAUGGCGCCGGCAGCCAGCAUGGACGCCACGCCGGAUGCGACUGUCACUGGCGACAGGUGGCAUGCCACUCAGUUACUGCACUUCAUGGGGCUGUACUGCCCAGACCUGCAGCAACUUCUCAACAAAGGCAAAAAGAGCGAUGGACGGCUGAGGGUCAGCGCUCUCAGUGUUACUCCGGAGCCAGGUCUAACACUGGCAUACCCCCCAAGCUCAGGUGCGACUUCCCCCAGGGGCCACCGGAGAAUCACCUCUCUACCAAUCCGCAUGGGCGGUGCGGUCAGCCUCGGAGAUGAGCCGGCGGCAGGUGCGCGCAUCCCGCCCGUGUUUAAGGCGCCCCCUACCGAGGCGGCGCUGGCGUUCACCAGCGAGAAGAGCCGGCUGCUUGGCACCGUACUUCGACUAUUCGCGCGCGCCGCCGGAAACGACGUGCCGGACGUGGCAAGCGAAUUCCCGCGGCUUUCGGCGUUCCUCGAGGCGGCAGUGUGGCCGGUGCUUGACGUGGUGACACCGAGACACAGGCAGGACGUCCUGGCUGUACUUCUUAGCAGGUCGGCACAGUCGAAUGCCGUCAGAUUUCUCGUGAAGGCAAUGAGCCCGGCGAUCAGUGACGGCCGAGGGGAGGCGGUGCUACAUGCGAUCUCCUGCCUCCCGCAUACCACCCAGCGUAGCCACCAGCUGCGUCUCAUCAGCGACCACCUGCUCUGUGGCGCCAUCUGGGAGCAGACGCGGUUGCGGACGGCGGCCGCCGAACGUGGCGAGGACGCGUCGGCAUGGUCUCCGUGGCAAUGGCUAACCGCAGUGUACGACGGCGAUGCGAAGCGUCGCUGUGCGCUGGGCUGCAUGGAACACUGGCCCGUCGAGGCGUGCGUGUGUGCGCUACAGACGUGCUGUGAUGACCCGCCCCGCUCGGCAACAUUACAUGAGGCCAUCACGCAGAAACUUGGAGAGAUGAAAGUUUAUCAGAAGGUGAUGGAGUGUGCAGUGCUGUGCCAUGGAAACGCUCGUCCUGUGCAGGGAGAGUGCACCACUGAACUGGCCACGUAUGAGUACUGGAUCUUCACAGCCUCGAUGAGUCGCUCCCAACCGACUGUCAUUCUCAAUAUUCUCCUGAAGUGUCACGAGUAUUCGGUGGCUAGAGAGUGGGCAUCCAUGCAUGAUGCGACCCACGAACUGCGCCAGCGUAUAGAGGAAGCUCACAUCACCUACCUGCUGGACAGCCAGAAUGACCUGUUCAAAGCCUACAAGGUGCUGGCUGACAUUGAAAACAAGAGGCUGUGUCUUGGUGCAUGCCUGCUACUGAUGGAACAACUGUCCAGUCUCACCCACGUCAUGUCCGUCUGCCAGUUUGUUCUCUGUUGCCUUGGCGACGAGCUGACAGACACUGAGCGCACCAAGCUACAGCGUAUCAAGCUUGGCAUCAAGGCGCUCUUACUGCUGCCAGAGCAACUGUGUGAGGAGUACCAGGAGCUAAUCUCAAGGCCAGACCUUCUCAUCGAGCAGCUUCUCAUGAAUUUCAAGGUGGAGUAUGUUGCCAGUGUGUACAAAGAAAUACAAGGGGCAGCACCAGAUUCUUCACUUACCUCUCUUGGCUGUGGUCAGGAGUGGUUCAACACUUUAGUCCUGCACUAUGCUUUCAAGGCUCUGGAGUUUCCUUUUAGGGGAAGCCCUCAGUCUGUGACCCGAAGUCCAGAGCAUACCAAGUUUUCAGGAGAAGGAAUGUCAGGUGGACGGACAGCUGGAGUGAUGAGACAGUCAUUGUCAGCUGAGAGCCUGUGUUUGUCUGUACAUCAUCACAGGCAUGGCCUGUCGGGCAGGUACAGCCGAUUGCUACGGCAACGCAGCAUCAGUAUCGGUCAGUUUGUGAUUCCGCUCGAGCCACCGCUGAUGGAAGCAUGGACAGCUGAUGCUGACGUCACUCACUGUAUGGUCUGCAGGAUAGAGAAGUUCAGUAUGUUCAACAGGCGACACCACUGUCGGCGGUGUGGCCGGGUCAUCUGCCGUGCGUGCUCACGUCACCGUCGCCACGUGAAGGGCUAUGGAGCCAUACUCGUAAGGAUCUGUGAUGAAUGCCACGAGCUGAUGGAGAGUGGGAGGUCGGACGAGCGACACCACGACGUGGAGCGACUGCGAUCCAGCUUGUCCGGUAAUGGCGGCGGCGGGGGAGCGGCGGCGAGCAUUCCGGCGUCGCGCGUCGCGGCGCCCGCCUCCACCGGCAGCUCUCUGACGAACAGCACGACAACACUGGUGUCGGGCUGGAGGAUGAGCAGCACGAGCGAGGAGGAGAACGAAAGCAUCCGUGCGCAGUUCUACUACGAACAGGCACCUAGCAGCAACCUGUGCAUCUCUGUACUGGACCUUCAUAGCAACCUGGCAGUCGGCGCGUCGUACUUGCUGAAACUUUGCGAUGACCUGUCCAAGUUGUUACUUCCUAUUGAACCUGGCCUGCACAAUCCCGAGUUGGACUACAACUUGAUUAUCAGCAUGAUGCGUACGCUGCUGAUGAGCGCGAAGAUGAAGCUGGCGGAGGCUGAGGAAGAGGAUGAUGGUGGCGGCGGUGCACGGCCCGAGCUCUGUGACACCUACCUCAGCCGCGUCGACCUCCUGCAGCUGCUAGUCGCUGCCAACUGCCAAGACGUGCCUUCACUGCAGCAGCUCACGAAGCCCGACUCUGCACGGCGCUACAGGGACAAGCUUUUGGAGGAUGAGAGGUUUCAGCUCGCGAUGGAGGUGUCAGCCAAGUGCAGUCUCGACAUGAACGCAGUGUGGACCAAUUGGGGAAUGACGCAUCUACGCGCACGGGAUUACGCCAACGCUCGCAGCAAACUAUCAAAGUGUCUCAAGAAGCCCAUUGAUAUGAAUCAGAGCUCUCCCCAGCUAGUGCAGGACAUCGUCUCAGCGCUGCAGACUGCUGACUCAAUCCCUGAUCUACUCUCCAGUGCUACAAUCAGCUGCAAUGACCUCAUUGCUGAUCCGACACAGAUGGGAGUGGGCAGCAACGUGGAUGCGUACGAUGAGAGCUUGUACUACCUGCGUGCCUAUGGAACCCACCUGUCACUGCUUACAUUCUACGUGAGCCACGGCCACGUACACGAAGCACUGCAAUGUUUACUUGUCCAUGACUGUGCGGUUGACGUCUUCAUUGAGGGCGUCUUGGCGCCAUGCACGGAGAAGGGCCAGCUUCCCAAACUACUCCAGCAGAUGGAGUCUCUCGAUGCCAGCCUGCAACAGUGGUGCCGGUACCUUAAGGCGGCGUGCCGUUACCUGGACCAGCGUCACCUCUUGCACACGUUGUAUGACCUUCAGAUGUUCAUGAAGGAUUACGUGCGAGCUGCAAUGACAGGCAUUAGAUUUUAUCGAACUGGUGGCGGCGUCUCAUAUGCUCAACUGCACGAAAGACUUCCGCACCUCUUACUUGCGGCCCAACAUUUGGAGAUGUUUCUUCGGGAGCAAAAGGGCCAUCGUGGCAGUGGUGGGGACAACACAAAGAAAAGAGUGCCACCUGACGAUGAUCUCCGUCUCUGGCUCUCUCCUAAUGACGUUCAUAGUCAUCUGAUGACGAUCACGCUACAGAUCGAGGUCACUAAAUUCCUGCACCGCUGUGAGCAACUGCAGAAAGGUGCGCGGGGUGGCGUGGGCAGUCCACCACCGCACGGACGCGACAGCACGCCGCCGACUCUGUUUGGCAAUGUGAAGGUCAAGAUGGACGUAACAGUGAUGGUCAUGCUGGCUGGACAGAGCAUCGACGAUGGCUUUGGAAUUGCAUUCAGAAUCAUACAGGAGUUCCGUUUGAACUCGGCGCCCAUCUACGCGCAGGUCGGCAGGAGGCUGGCGUCGGUGCAUCGGUACCGUGAGGUGCGGCAGCUGCUGGCGUGCGUGCGCGACUCGGGCCUCUCCGACCAGCAGACUCACGACGAGGUGGUGAACGCCUGCCUGCGCGUCGCCGCCUCGCAGCCGGACGAGGCCAGGGAGACGGAGAGCCUCAUCAAGACGCUGAAGACGGACGCUAACAAGGUGAAUGCCUACAUCCAAUGUGGAAAACUGAAAUCUGCCUACCUGAUUGCUGUACGGGGCGAGAGGCUUGAAGACAUUGAACGAAUCUCAGAUGCAGCAGAAAAAGCUGGUCAGAGUGCCGUUAAAAACAUCUGUGAUAAGUGGCUGGCAGCCCAUAGAACGCCCCCUGGACCAACACACAAGUCCUAAGUACCAGUGACAUAACGACAGAGGGUGUGGGAGGGCAACUCAUAGGAAAGGACAAGGACUGUACAAAUUAUAUCGAUAUAUAUAGGAAACAUGCAACUGCUGAAAAUUUGCCCCAAUAUUAAGAAGAGAAAAUUUAUAUUGUAACUAUUAAUAAAAUCUCUCAUAUUUCUAUUAAUUUG